AUGGGGUCAGAACUAACGCCGCAGGAGAAGAUCAAGCUGAUCACACAGAACCUACAGGAGGUUCUCAAGCCAGAAAUCCUUGAGGAUGUAAUCGUCAAGCAGAACAGACCCCUGAAAAUCUACCUAGGGACUGCUACCACCGGUCGACCGCACUGCGGCUACUUUGUUCCCAUUGUAAAGAUCGCGCACUUCCUCCGGGCAGGAUGUCACGUCAAGAUCCUGCUGGCCGACAUCCACGGCUUUCUCGACAAUCUCAAAGCCCCCAUUGAGCUUGUCAACUUCCGUGCCGACUACUACCGCUAUGUAAUAACGGCUAUGCUCAAGGCCAUACACGUACCUCUCGAGAAGCUCGAGUUCGUGCUGGGAUCUUCGUACCAGCUCUCGGCAAAAUAUACGAUGGACAUAUUCCGUCUAAGCAGCAUGGUGACUGAGCAUGAUGCCAAAAAGGCCGGUGCAGAGGUCGUGAAGCAAGUCGACAAUGCGCCAUUAUCUGGAUUGAUUUAUCCACUCAUGCAGGCUCUGGACGAGGAGCAUUUAGACGUUGAUGCGCAGUUCGGCGGUGUUGACCAGCGGAAGAUUUUCACUUUGGCUCAGGAAACGCUGCCGCGCAUUGGGUAUAAGGAACGAGCACACUUGAUGAACCCGAUGGUACCUGGAUUGGCUGGCGGGAAGAUGUCUGCCUCCGAUCCGGAUUCAAAGAUCGACAUUCUUGAUACCGCUGAGGCUGUUAAGAAGAAGAUCCGCAAAGCUUAUGCGGUACCCAAGGAGACCGAGGGUAAUGGGAUGAUUAGCUUUGUUGAAUAUGUCCUCCUUCCUGUUAGCGCUCUGGAGAACGCAGAUGGUAAGGGUGCCUUUAUUGUCGAAAGGAGUGAGGAAGAGGGUGGCACAAUAGUGUACGAUUCUAUCGAAGCUGUCAAGGCCGAUUACCAGGCUGAUAAAUUAACACCUCAAAUUCUCAAACACUCCAUAACAACUGCGUUGAAUAAAAUUCUUGCACCAAUCCAGGCCGCAUAUGCCGCAGACCCUGAGUGGCAAGAGUUAGCAAAGAAGGCUUACCCGCCUCCUCCUGCACCCGAGAAAAAGCAGAAGAAGCCAAAGGACAAGGGUAAUAGGUACCCUGGUGGUGCGAAGAAUAUUACCGCCCAACCAGAUGGAUCAGUGGAGGGCGAAGCUAGUGCCAAGGCUUCGGUAGGAGAGAAUGUCAACGAAGCUAUCAAGAAGCUGGAGGUGAAGGAGUAG